UGGCACAAGUUUACUAGAGAGCACGCAGUGUCUGCGAGAGAGUAAAAGACACCUACUGCUCAACCAUGAAGGGUCUCUUUGGCGUUGCUGUUCUGGCCGCGGUUGUUCUGCUGGCGUCGGCUCACCAUCUGGAGUUGUGCAAAAAAAGCGACCAGGAACUCAAGGAUGAGCUGGCGUGUAUACGAGAAGAUGCCUCAGAAGAACUCGAGACGAAGUUGGACCGCGUGAACAGUCAACUCCAGUGCGACAGUGACCUCUGCAGCGUCCGUAAGCUGUGCGCUGCACCCGACUUCGAGACAGCUCUGAAGAGGUUCUUCACUGAGAGUGAAAUCCAAGAAUUGCACGAUCUCGCAGACUACUGCGACGUACACCACCACCACCAUUGAGUCGAAGGUUUGAGAGGACAUAUACCCGGAAGUGAGGUCACGCAAGCCUUCGAAGAAAAAACAAGCACCCGAAAACUUGUGUGUAUGCUCGUUAUUGAAAUUCGACUUAUGAAUAAAGUGUCGUCGACGUUUGUCGGAA